CUGUUUAUCUUCAUGCCUUACUCUCACUUUCACACGGACAAUAACAUGCACUGUAAAGAUCAAAUCAGUCACAAAGACUACCAGAGGACAGUGGAUUGGCUCCUGUCCCAAACACAGCACAGACCUAAAGUGGCCAUCAUCUGUGGAUCUGGACUGGGCAUGCUGGCUGAUGCCCUCCAGUGCCAGGACUCCUUCAAGUACUCUGAUAUUCCUGGCUUCCCACAAAGCACAGUGCAGGGCCAUGUUGGGAGGCUGGUGUUUGGUGAACUCAAAGGGAAGACCUGUGUUUUUAUGCAGGGCCGAUUCCAUAUGUAUGAGGGACACUCACUGUGUAAGGUCACUUUCCCGGUGAGAGUGUUCAAGCUUUUGGGUGUGGAAACCCUGAUUGUCACGAAUGCUGCAGGGUCCAUAGCAGAAAGCUAUCACUGUGGUGAUGUCAUGAUCAUUAGAGAUCACAUCAACUUCCCUGGACUUGCUGGUAUAAACCCACUAAAUGGCCCUAAUGAUGACAAGUUUGGACCUCGUUUCCCCCCUAUGUCUGGAGUUUACGAUAAAGAUUUGAGAAAGCUGGCAUUUGACAUCUGUAAGAGCAUGGGCAUCACCCAAUUUGUUCAGGAGGGAGUGUACUGUAUGGUGGGUGGGCCCAACUUUGAGAGCAUAGCAGAAGCCAGGCUUCUGCACAAACUCGGAGUGGAUGCAGUGGGCAUGAGCACAGCCCCUGAAGUCCUCGUGGCCAGCCAUUGCGGCAUGCGUGUGUUCGGCCUCUCACUUAUCACUAAUAAAGUGGUGAAGAGCUAUGAGGACUCAGAGACCACCAAUCAUGAAGCCGUACUGGACGUGAGCAAAAUGCGAUCAGAAAUGCUGCAGAAGCUCAUUUCUGAGAUCAUUAUCCGUAUGGACAUUAAUAACAAUGAAGCAUGACCAUAGUUCCAAGUAGUUUCAUCAAAUCUGCAGUCGCUUUGACUAACAGAGGUUCCUUAAUUUUUUAUUUUUAAUAACAUAUAUCUGUUGUUAUUAUUAUUAGGUGGCCAGUCACUGUGAUUGAACACCUUGUUGUUUUGAACUGUCUCAUCACUCACCAAAUAUUGUACAAAUACUACAGUAGAAGGUUUUAUAAUAUCAAAAUAACAUACCGCUCGUCACAUUUUUGAAUGUUGCACCUUAUUGAUAGAAUGUAUGUGGGUGUGUAUGGGUGGGUGAUUAUUUGAAAAAAAAAAAAAACUGGCACCACUGGCUAAUCAGAUUUCAGAAAGCAUUUGAAAGGCAUAGCGGUAACCUCUAGUAAAAUAUGAGUGGCAUGCAUAAUAAUUGGCCACUCUGAAGCAUUAUUCCUUUUCUCAGAGACUCUGCUUCAAAUUAUCCACCUCACUGAAUCAGAUAACUUUUCAAAUAUGAAUGUUUCUUUGGCUUAGUUUUGGAUUGCAAAUUCAAAUCUCAGCUUCACCAAGCGUCGGCAGUUUCUCCCCUAAGCAAGACUCUUCCACAAAGCAAAUUAACUUAAUAAAUCAGGCAUUUUUCAACAAGCCUGACUAAAUUCCAUCAAUUUUGGUUCCACAAAGGAAGCUAAUUUUAAACCUGCUCAGUUACCAUAUCAACAUGCUUUUGGACAAAACUGCUUUGUGCUAAACUAAGCUUGAAACUUAGCUUGAUAAAUUCUUUUCAACAAACCAUGUGCUGGAUUUAUUGACUUAAAUUGAAUGACAUAAAUGACUUAAAGAAACACAACAAAUAGACUUGAGAAAACAAACUAACAUGCAAGAAAAGAAACCAAAAACUAUAUGCAACAAAACUAAACAUAAAUCAGAAAUUCAUACACAAGCAUUAACUACACACAGGUGAUAAGGAUAACAGGUAAGCCUCUAUCUAUAGAACUGGCUCAAUCAUAUUUACUGAUGUUACUCGUAAAGAUAUCUGAAGCACACAUAUUUGGAAGAAGAGUACUAUUAACAGAUAUCUAAGAGUGCAUAGAGAACAUCUAAUAGACAGUCUAUUUGUCUAACUAUAUUUAUUCCAACUGACCAAAGGAAUGAACACUAAAACUAAUAAAUACCUUUAUACUGUUAUGGAUUGUCAAGUAAUGCAAUAAUUAUGCUCCAAUAAAAAAGUAUCUGGCCAAAAGGGACAAAUUACCUAAAUAGUUUAUUACCUGCAUAAAUGUUAGAAAGUGACGCACAUAGCAAUCUGAGCUAAGAUGGAGACAGUUCAGACAUCAGUACUGGGUAUUAUGGCACGGGUGAAAGAGCCCAGUUGUGCUGACAGUGAAUCCAUGAACUGCUCCCAUAUACUAUGGGCAUACAAGGGGGAUGAUCCUGGGGAAGGACUGAAAGCACCACCAUAAUAUUUUUUUAUUCUCUAACAAGUCUAAGUGUGUCAAGGGCUCAGGACAUUCCCCUUCUGAAAACGAAACCUCAUUCUGUGUCUGAACGUGACAAGCAUUAUUAUUCACUUAUUCAAUUCUAUUCAAUUAUUCACUGGUGUGUCUCUAUUACAAGCUAGAUAAGAUAAGCAAGAUAACCAACAAGCCAACCUAACCAGCUAGCACUCAUACCCAAAUAAAACACCAGAUAACCAUCAGUGGUGGGUGUGCAUACAUGUUGAGACCUUCAGCAAAGUCACAAAGUGACUGAUUUUACUACAAAUACCUUCAGGCCACAUGAGAUCUUUCAUGGAAUCUACUCACCAAGUGUCUAUUGUGUGUGGUUCCAAAUAACAGGGAACCCUGGAGGGUUAUAAUGCUGUGGUUUGCCUGCUGAAUUCUGUGUAGUGUGGGCAGAAUCAGAGAAAGAGGUGGAAAGGUGUAUAUUAGGCCAGGGCUAAUGUGUGUGACCAUGCUAGACACAGGGCCGGCGCUAGCUAUAGGCAGAGCAGGCAAUUGCCUAGGGCCUCGGGCUUGGAAGCGGGGCCUCCAUAACCGUACCAAACCUAUACUCAAAAGAAACAAAGAAAGCGCAGCUUGUGAUGCAGGUAUGUGAGCUGUCAUCAUGUAUUUUUGAUUGUAAAUAUAUAUUAAAAUAAACGGAGCCUUAUUCUGCCGAUUCGCGUCAGCGCCAUUUGAAGAUGGAUCAUUAUUUGCAGCCGGUUUAUUCUGAGUUCAAAACAGUGUGAGCGCUGUGACGCGUUAUAUUCACGUAUGACGCUUUGAAUCCGAGCUGAUCGACUGUGCAGUGAAUCAGCAGGAGCUGAUUUUCAAAAUACUAAAGAAAAUGUAAAAGUUUAAUAAAAACAGCAAUCGUAGCUAGGCUAGACCAUUGUUUAUUAUUUCAAAAAAGUACCUCAACUGUCUUUAUAAAUUCCGGUGAUGUUUACAUUAUCAUAAUAACCUACUUCAUACUUUUUUUUAGUUUUCAAAUAAAUUGUGCUGUUGUAUUUACUUAAUAAAUACAAUUUAAGCAUACAAAUACAGUUGAUGAAGUUAAUUAUUCUAUCUGCUUAGUAGUUUGUCUUCUUCACUUCCACUGUUGAUUUGGUUAUAGUGCAUAUUUAGGGUUUAUAAAUGCAAUAGGUAAUAUGACAAUCUAGCCUAUAUUGCUUCAGUAGGAGGGGGAAAUUGUGUCCAUCUCCAGCUAGAAAAAUGACAUCUUACUUUACUCUAUAGAGUAGGCAAAAAUGUUUGUUAUCCCAAAUAGUGGGUUAGUAUGUUACUGUAAAUGAAUUACUGAACAAGAAGAAGAAGAGCUGGUCCAGAUGACCUUUCAUAUUUUUUUAGUGUUGACCUUAGUUAAAGUUUAAUUAAUAUGCACAUUUAAGUAAAUAUAUACAAGUAAUGAUAACAGGUUUUGUAUAAAUAAAAAGGUUAGAAAUUUUAUUUGUUUGUAUUUAUUCCUC